UAACGUUUGAUUUGUGUCAAAAUUGAUAGAGAAAAUAGGUUAUUUCGUUGUGGUGCUUUUAUGUAAAGAUGAACAAAGUAAUAAUACUCACACAAUAAUUAUAUAAUUAGAGUCAUUUUAAGUUAAAAUAUAGUUCAACAAUUAUAUUCAGUGAUCUAAAAACAUUUUUAUAAUGGAAAUAUUAUCAAAACAUAGAAAAAAUAAGGACUAUCAUGUCAACAAAAGGUUUGCUCAGUGAUGUGGAAGAUUGGUUUAUCUGGUGUUUUUUAUGAUAUCUUAUCAGUUUUUGGAUUUAAAUAAGUUGGUGGAAGUUUAAUUUUCAUUGUCAGAAUGGAUAGAGAACCGAGAAUAUUAAUUAUUGGUGCUGGAGCAGCGGGUAUUUCAGCUGCUUGUCAUUUGAUUAAAAAUAACUUCCAAAAUGUAACGAUUCUAGAAGCUAAAGAUCGUAUUGGGGGAAGAAUAUUUACAAAAAAAUUUGCUGAUAACGUUGUUGAUCUUGGAGCUCAAUGGGUUCACGGAGAGAAAAAAAAUGUUAUCCAUGAUUUAGCUGCACCUUACAACUUACUUGAAUCUUCCCAUAAUUUACAUGAUUUUGAAAAACAUAUAUUUGCCACUUCUCAAGGAGAAAUUGUUCCUACUGAAGAAACUAGUGAAGUAUGGAGGCUUUUUUAUGCAAUCAGUGAUAAUGCUGAAAAAGUAUUAAAAAACGCAACAGAAAGCUAUGGUCAAUAUUUUACAAAAGAGUAUUUCAAAGCAUUUUCCCAGAGUAAAUUUACAAGUCAGAAAAGAGCAAGAGAAUUUUUGGAGUGGAUGGAACGAUUUGACAGCAGUAUUCAAGGGAGUGACACGUGGUUUGAAGUAUCAGCACGUGGAAUUACUGAAUAUGCCCAAUGUGAAGGAGAUCUUCUAUUAAAUUGGCGAGACCGUGGAUAUCAUACAGCAUUAGAUUUAUUAAUGAAUAAAUGUAAAGAUAUUUCUAACGGGACUUAUAUUCAAGAUAAGAUAAGAUUUUUACGAGAAGUAUCUAAUAUCGACUACACUAAUCCAGAUGAAAUAAUUGUGAGCACAAGUGAGGGCCAAAAAUAUUCAGCUACGAAUGUAAUAUUUACUAGCUCUUUGGGAGUACUUAAAGAUCAACAUCAAUCAUUAUUUACACCAUCAUUACCCGAUAUAAAAAAGUCUGCAAUAAAAGGCCUAGGAAUUGGAACAGUUAAUAAAAUUUUCCUUGAAUUUUCACAUCGAUGGUGGCCUGAGAAAUGUGCCGGAUUUGGGCUUAUUUGGAGUAAAGAAGACAAAGAAGACUUCUUAAAGUCGAAUCCAAAGGAAAAUCAUUGGCUUGCUGAAGUAUUUGAAUUUUUAACAGUUGAUUAUCAACCUAGAGUAUUAGCUGGCUGGAUAUUGGGAGAAAGUUCGCGGUUUAUGGAAACUCUGACUGAUGAUGAAGUAAAAAAAGGAAUGUAUCAGUUAUUAGAGAGAUUUCUUGGUAAAUCGUACAAUAUUCCACAACCCGUUAAUAUUUUCAAGGUAAAUAAUAAAUCCAAGUGGUAUAGUGAUAAACAUUUUCGUGGUUGUUACUCUUUUCGAAGUAUUGAAAGUGAUCAAAUGAAUGUAUAUGCUCAUCAUUUAGCCGAUCCUAUCGUUGGAAAAAAAGGAAAACCGAUCAUACUUUUCGCAGGUGAAGCCACUCAUAAUCAUUAUUAUUCUACUGUUCAUGGAGCUGUGGAAACGGGAUUUCGUGAAGCCAAUCGAUUAAUCAAUUACUACAGACUCGUACUAGUUCGACGAUUAAGACAGGUGAUCUGGAAUCCUGGAAAACAAGUGAAUAUAGCAGUAGAAAGAAUCAAAAAAAUGUCCAUAGAAACAACUAAAGUUGUGAUUAUUGGAGCAGGAAUUGCUGGAUUAGCUGCGGCUAAAACCCUAGAAGAAAAAAAUUUUCAUGAUUAUUUAAUACUUGAAGCUCAAGAUUACAUUGGGGGUAGGAUUCGAUCUAUUCCUUGGAAUAAUAAUUGGAUAGAAGAAGGAGCACAAUUUUUACACGGAAAUCAAAGUCAAUUCGCUGAAUUAUGUGAGCAGAAUGAUCUGUUAUCUGAAGAACAAUCUUAUGAAGCAGAAGGAAUAUUUAUUAGAAAUGAUGGCUUACGUGUUGAUAAAUAUUUAGUAGAAGAAAUAGAUAAUUUAAUUCGUGAUGCAUUAGAAGAUUGUGAAAAAUAUGCAAAAUUAGAUAACAUAAGUCCAGAUAUGCCAAAAAAUAUUAACUUACUUCUUCGAAAAUCAGUCUUAGAACAUAUCAUGUCUAAAAACGAAUCUUCAUCUAUUAAAAAAGUCAAAGAAGAAAUAUAUGACUGGAUUGUCAAAUAUUUGUUAAUCGAUAAUUCAUGUUUGACUUUAGAUGAACUAUCUGUUAAAAGUUGGGGAAAAUUCCAGUUUGUCGGGGGUCCAGAACAUUUGGUUUUUAAAGAAGGUUAUAGCUCAGCAAUAAGAAUGUUAACAAAUAACAUAAACAAAAAUUGUAUACGAAUCAGUAGUCCAGUAGAAAAAAUCGAAUGGCAUAAACAAACAAAGGAAAAUGAUGAAAAAAUAGUUAUCGUAACUCUUUCUAAUGAAAAAAAAAUUUUAGCGGAUUGCGUGAUAGUUACGUGUUCAUUAGGAUAUUUAAAAGAAAACCAUGAAAAAAUGUUUAUACCCUCAUUGCCGCCUCAUCUGACAUUGACGAUUGAUAGCCUUGGUUUUGGAUUGAUAAAUAAAAUUUUCUUAGAUUUUGGAGAAGCCUGGUGGGAACCAGGAGUAAAAGGUUUCCAGUUAAUUUGGCAUGACAAUGAAAGUGAUAUUGAAAAAUUAGCUCCAUGGACAAAAGAUUUGAGUGGAUUUGACGUUUCACAGCACCAUGAAGCAGUUCUUAUUGGAUGGAUUGGCGGCAAAGGUGCAUAUACCAUUGAAAAUCUGACUGAUCAAGAAGUUGGAGAUGAGUGUAUUUAUUUAUUGAGAUAUUUUUUCAAGAAUAAUUAUUUACCAGCUCCAAAAAGAUGUAAAAGAACUCAGUGGAAUAAAAAUAAAUAUAUGAGAGGUAGUUAUAGUCAUAUUACAACAAAAUGUGAUGAACAUCAUAUUUCACCAGCUAAUUUAGCCAAACCAGUAUGGGCAAAAAUAAUUCAAAACAAUUUAGUAAAGAAUGUUCCUGUAUUAAUGUUUGCGGGAGAAGCAACACAUGAUAACUUUUAUUCCACAACUCACGGUGCUUAUGAUAGUGGCCAAAUACAGGCUAAAAAUUUUUUACGCUAUCAUGUUUAAAUCAUACACAUAGUAUAUAUAUAGAAAUUUAUAAACAUUUUUUCUACAAAAAUAAUUAUCUAUGUUAGCAAAGUCAGAAAUAUUAUUGUUCAUUAUCUUUUUUUUGUGCAUAAAAGCUUAUCAAUCGAUUAGCUUCACGAAAGCCUGAAUCGAUUGCUCCAUGAAC